CGAAAUUAUCUCUCUUCUAAUCUCCCACAUCAAGCCUAACAUCAACCCUACUUCACCAUUGUUGUUCAAUAUGCAGUUCAUCAGGGGAAUUAUCAUGGCGACGAUACUGAUAUCCUCUUUAGCGACCAUAUUUUCCGUCCCUAAUAAUGUCUCAACAACAACAACAACAACAACAACGAGGACAGCAGAUAUAGCGACGACGAAUUCGACGACGUGUAAGCGGGGCACGAUGCCGACGAAGCUGGCGGCGAAUUGCUGGAAGGCGAUGUUCGAGGUGCCGAUCUGCAUGUUCGACAUAGUGAAGGCGUACGAAGGCGGGUCCGUGCUCGACAUCGGGAAGCCUUGUUGCAGAGCUUACGUGGAUCUCACCGACGACUGCCGGCUCGAGGUUUUCCAGCAUGCCAAGCACUUCAAGGCCAUGGAGGGAUUCUGUCAAGCCGUCAUCGGCGCCGCCCCUAUCGGCGGCGGCGGCGUCAAGGCUCCGCCUCCUCAUCAUCAUUCCGGUUGAUCAUUAUACUAUUUUGUUAUUGUUAUUCUCCAUUUUUUUAAUUAUAAAAUUACUUUCGAACUAAGAUAAUAAGAUUUGGUAUGAAUCUUGGGUGUUUUGUUACAUUCUUUGAUAAAAGAUUAGCUCGUAAAAUUAUAUAUUAAGGGACCGUUUGGAUGGAACAUUCUCAAAAUGAGGUAAUUUGGGACAAAAGUCUCAUUUUAGAAAAUGAGCUAAUUGUACGAGGAAAUGUUUACACAAUUGUCUUGUUUGGCUUGUGAUUUGGCAUGAGACAAUUGUGAUGAGGCAUUUUAUGAAAAUACAUAUUUGUCAUCAUUCUUUUAUCCUUCUCCAUCUUGGAAGAGGAAGAAAGAAAAAAGAAAUUAAAUAAAAGGGGUCAUAUUGG